CGUAUGUGCGCUGCCUCAAUGUUGGAUUGAUUCGGAAGCUGUCAGAUUUUAUUGAUCCUCAGGAAGGAUGGAAGAAAUUAGCCGCAGCUAUUAAGAAACCAUCUGGGGAUGACAGAUACAAUCAAUUACACAUCAGACGCUCUCCCCAAAACUGUCAACACAUUACCUGCUAAGGAGGCUGUAACAGUUCAGCAGAAACUGAUUCCUUUUCAUGACAAAGGCAAGACAUCAGUGAUACCUGUACAGAAUCUUGAAAAAAACUGUGUACUUCCUGACUCCUCAAGUCCAGAAAAUAAAAGUCUAGGAGUUAGUGAUACACGUUUUCACAGCUUCUCCUUUUAUGAAUUGAGGAGCAUCACUAAUGACUUUGACGAACGACCCAUUGCUCGUGGUGGUAACAAGAUGGGUGAGGGGGGCUUUGGCGUGGUGUACAAAGGCUGCCUGCGCAACACUCCCGUGGCAGUGAAGAAGCUCGCAGCAAUGGUUGAUAUUAGUACUGAAGAACUGAAACAACAGUUUGAACAAGAAAUAAAAGUAAUGGCAAAGUGCCAGCAUGAAAACUUGGUACAACUGCUUGGUUUCUCAAAGGAUGGAGAUGAUCUCUGCCUCGUGUAUGUCUACAUGCCCAAUGGCUCAUUGCUGGACAGAUUGUUGUGCCUGGAUGAUACAGCACCACUUUCAUGGCACACAAGAUGCAACAUCGCUCAGGGUGCUGCAGCUGGCAUCAGCUUUUUACACGAAAAUCAUCAUAUUCAUAGAGAUAUUAAAAGUGCAAAUAUCUUACUAGACAAAGCCUUCACUGCCAUCUCUGACUUUGGGCUUGCACGUGCAUCUGAGAAGUUUGCCCAGACAGUGAUGACCAGCAGAAUUGUGGGAACAACAGCUUACAUGGCGCCUGAAGCUUUGCGAGGAGAAAUAACACCCAAAUCUGACAUCUACAGCUUUGGAGUGGUGUUACUGGAAAUAAUAACUGGACUUCCAGCUGUGGAUGAACACCGUGAACCUCAGUUACUACUAGACAUUAAAGAAGAAAUUGAAGAUGAAGAAAAGACAAUUGAAGAUUAUGUGGAUACGAAGAUGAGUGAUGCUGAGCCCUCUUCAGUUGAAAGUAUGUACUCUGUUGCUUGUCAGUGUCUGCAUGAAAAGAAAAAUAAGAGACCAGAUAUUAAGAAGGUUCAACAGUUGCUGCAAGAGAUGAUACCUUCCUAAAUCUUUACUUGAAUGGAUGCUUGGCUUCUUUUUAUACAGCUUCCUUAACUGUUUUUGAACCAAUUUUUUUCCAAAUGGAUUCCUUUAACAUGGUAGCAGAGUGCAGUGCAAAAUAGAGUUGAGCCUGCAACAUUGAGAAUAACCAAGAGGAGAGCCACGUCGUCAGCACUUAGGGCUCAGUGGGUAGUGUCACUUCAACUCCUGCAGUGGGUACAGGAUCAGCAGGAGAGCACUGAGCUCUGGGAUUCAAAGACGUUGGUCAGAAGCCUGGCUGAUUCCACUACUAGAGGCUGUAAACCUUUAGACAAACUCAGCUGCUUUGAGCCUUGGUUUUGUUUGUUUUUACCUGUAAUGUCGGACUUUGGUCUGCUGUGCCUCUUGAACAGGCACUCAUGAAAAUUGAAUGCUGCAGUGAUAAUUUAAAGUUUAUGGGAGCAAUGAUGAAAGCUGUUACAGACGUAUGUUUAUAGCAUCACGUGCACAGCGUGCUAUUUUAGCAGUCACUCACCACAAACCAGGCUUCCCUUUGCUAAGGCAAGUUGAAGGAAUUUCGCAGGUGUAGGUGAGGCCCCAGCUGACCUGGACUAUCAAAGUGAGACUCUAUGGGAGGGGCCUGACCUGGUCAGGUGAACCCCUACGUAGGGUCAGGCUCUCUCAUGGGCCUUGAAGAAGGAAGAACCGUGUUGUGAGAGGGCCAUGCUGGCUGAAACCUGAGUGGCCUCUGAAGCUGAGCACUCUCCAGCUGCCCCCAGGAGGGAAGAAUGGACCCCAGCUGAACAGCAGCAAGGUGCUGAGGCUGCUGACAGCCGGAGUGAGCACAGCAGGGUCCUCCGAGCUUGGGGUGAUACCUGGAUCUCAGCUCUGAGAGACUCAGCAUGAGAACGUGGCUCAGCUGUGCCCACAUCUGACAUACCCAGCUGUGAGAGAAUAAACGAAUUACGUUAAA